AUGUGGAAAUUUAUGCUUUUGGCUCUGUGUCUGCUGGCAAAUGAAGUUCAGGCAAUGGAAAACCCAAUAUAUGGCGUCAAGCUCUGUGGCCGUGAGUUCAUCCGAUCAGUCAUCUUCACCUGUGGCGGCUCACGAUGGAGGCGAUCGCUCAAAUCAUCAGCAGGAGAUCUAUUCAGCUCCCAUCAAGAGUCCUCAGAGGAACUGAGUCACAACCCUGUGAUGGAGAGUAUACUUCAUAGAAACAGCGAUCUGGAUUUCAUAUCAAGUGAAAACCAAGGCAGAAUCUUCAGCCGGCCAACUCGUUCUUUUAUCACCGAAGAGAUUCUGGAAGCCCUCAGGAAGGCAGAUCGCAAGGGCCGGGAAGUUGUGUUGGGGCUUUCAAAUGCAUGCUGCAAGUGGGGCUGCAGCAAGAGUGAGAUCAGUUCCCUUUGCUGAGAAGUGAACACAACAAUUGCAUACACAGGGAUACUUACAGUAUGUUUUUGUAUACCGAUAAUAUUAAAACUAAACACACACAUG